UAUGACAAUAAGUUGGAGACUGUGAGGGCAUGCCAAGGAGCUUGUGGGCGGAGCCUUGGAGUAGAAAUCUACACAGUGUGGAGUGAGGUCUCACAAAGCCUUCGAGCUGCAGCGUUCACACAGUGCUCUGAGGACAACGUAUGGGGGACGUCGCUUGGGCAGGAAUUCCUGCAGAUAUGAGUUUUCCUUAUGAGUCGUAGGAUUUGCCAUUUCUGGAAUAACCCGAAACACAUGGGAAGAUACUUAAAAAAAAAAAAUAAAGUACAUUGUGCGAAACAAGGAAGCAGUGCGGACUGUCUGACCACGAGAACUUCCCCCUAACACCAAGGAAACGUUCAACCUUGGCAGACGCUUGAUUUAAGGAGCACUACUGCCACCCGGUGUUGUACUGAGGAUUCUACAGCAGCCAUGACUCCUACUCCGCUGACAACCCCCAGUGUCAUCGUAAAACAUUACAACUACACCGGCAAGUAUAAGAACAACUCCAACAGCGACCUGAAGCCGACCGAGAUCAUCUUCAUCAUCAUCUGCUGCUUCAUCGUGCUGGAGAACGUUCUGGUGCUUCUUACCAUCUGGAGAACCAAGAAGUUCCAUCGACCCAUGUAUUACUUCAUCGGUAACCUGGCGCUCUCCGAUUUACUUGCCGGAGCGGCCUACACAGCCAACAUUCUCCUUUCCGGAUCCAAUACCUACAGGUUAACGCCAGUUCAAUGGUUCGUACGGGAGGGGAGUAUGUUCGUGGCUCUUUCGGCCUCUGUUUUUAGCCUUUUGGCCAUCGCCAUUGAACGUUACAUUACCAUGCUAAAGAUGAAGCUGCACAACAGUAGCAGAAGCUCCCGGUCGUUCCUCUUGAUCGGAGGCUGCUGGUUGCUGUCGCUGUGUCUAGGAGGACUUCCGAUCAUGGGAUGGAACUGCAUCAAUGAUAAGAAAGACAUGCAAUACUGCUCCACGGUGCUCCCGUUGUACCACAAACAUUACAUCCUGUUUUGCACCAGCAUUUUUAGCAUUCUGUUGAUAACCAUCGUCAUUCUGUACGGCAGGAUUUAUUUCAUGGUCAGAACGCGGAGCAGAAGUUUGACCUUUAGGAGGAACUGUACAAAAGCCAGCAGGAGUUCUGAGAAAUCGAUGGCCUUGCUCAAAACGGUCAUCAUCGUCUUAAGUGCCUUCAUCGUGUGCUGGUCUCCGCUCUUCAUCUUCCUCUUGAUGGAUGUUGGGUGUAAGGUCAAGGCUUGCCCGGUUCUCUUCAAAGCAGAGUACUUUUUGGCUCUUGCCGUCCUCAACUCGGCCACCAAUCCCAUCAUCUACACCUUGACCAACAGGGAAAUGAGGCGUGCCUUCCUAAAGAUGGCCUGUUGUUGUCAUUGCCCUAUCCUGGAUCCUGGAACGAAAGUCAAAAGACCCAUCAUCACCGGAAUGGAGUUCAGCCGGAGCAGGUCGGACAAUUCUUCGCACCCUCAGAAAGAUGAAGUGGAAUAUCACGGGACAAUUAUGUCUUCAGGAAAUGUGACUUCCUCAUCCUAGGACACAGGUCAGGGGGGAUGGAAUUCGAUAUGAUUUUUUUUACAACUUUGAAGAGGAAGUUAAUCUGGUUAUUGUCGAGGCUGCUUGGAGUCCAGUACGAUAACAUAGAUCUGGGUGGAGCACUUGACUGGAAGAACGAGGAGCACGCAAGACAAGAUGGGGACUUGUGGAACACUAGUCUUAUAUGAAAGGAUGAGAUGGAAACCUCUCAUAUAAUGUGGAUUUUUAUUUGUGCCAUGAACAAUGCAAAUAUGGGAUCUAACAUCACUUACCCUAAGCGUAUAGGACUCUUAAUAUAGAACAUGACUGUAGAAGAACAAUACUGGACGAGAGUUUAGCCAGCUCCUAUGUAACACUGUUCUAUAUGGUUGAGUCCAUUGAUUUUUCAUCGUAACAAAGUCUGUCUUAACAGUCCAGAUGAUGGAUGAACUAUGGAAAGACAGCAUCACUACAUACUCGUCCCUUAAACUCUCAGGCGCUUGAUGAUGGUAUACAGAUGUGGCAGAGCUGAGUGGUAUACAACAUUUAUAUGUGACUUUAAAGGAGUAGUCCAGCUUAGAAAUAUGUAUCAUAAGUUUUAGAUCUCGGGGGUCCGACCGCUCCCGCAGUCUCCUGCGCGAUGUCCCUGCUCUCCCCAUGAACGAAGUGGUAGUCAACACGUCCCCUCCAUGUAUCUCUAUGGGUGAGACAGAGAUACACAAGUUCUCCCAUUGAGAUGCAUAGAGGUCAAGUGCCGACCCAUAUAUAGUGGAAAGCUAGGGCGCUGGGCAGGAGAUCGCGGGGGGUCCUAAAGGUUGAAGCCCCCGUGAUCUGAUACUUAUCCCCUAUCCUGCACAUAGGGGAUACAUUUUUCUAAGCUGGAUAACCCCUUUAACUAAAGCUGGCUUGAUGCCAAACAUAGCCAUCAGCCAAAUGCUCUUCCGACCGAUAGCUAGCUCUCCCGAUUCUCUCAUGCACGCGCAUGCUCGGCACAGCUGAGCGUGCAUGUGUUAUACAUAGGGAGGCCUAUUUGGUGGUGGCUUAUCUGGGCUGGUGGAAUUCAACAUGCCCCAACCCUACUCCUCUUCUCUAUCAUCAGAAGAGAGUAGAUAGGCCCACUACCAAAAUUGGCAGAUGUGGUUGACAUUGUUGGAUGUGUAUGGCCAGUUUAAGACCACAGGUAAACAUACUGCAUUAUUGUAAGAGAUAAUUGAGAUUUAUUUAAUGCACAAGCAAUGCAAAACCCCCAGUGACCGAUUCAACUCUGCUAGAUCUGUAUAGUGACGUAUAAUCACUGGUGUUUUUGGGAUGGGGGAUCAGCUCUUACACAUGUUUUUUUAAAGGGGUACUCCGGUGGAAAACGUUUUUUUUUUUUUUUUUAUCAACUGGUGCCAGAAAGUUAAACAGAUUUGUA